CGGAUGUGCAGCCGCAUUUAACAAAAGAAUUAAGGUCAAGUGCUGGCAAGUGACGUAUCAUUGUAACUGGAAUCAGCAUUUCAUCAACAGCUUCUCAGAAUGGAUCUUUCUGGAAAACUCAUCAUUAAGGCCCAACUUGGGCAUGAUUUGCGUCGCAUCCCAAUACAUAAUGAAGAGAUAACGUAUGACGAACUGAUUUUGAUGAUGCAACGUGUCUUCAAACAGUACAUAACUAAGGAAGAUGAGUUAUUAGUGAAAUAUAAAGAUGAAGAUGGCGAUUUCAUUACAAUUGGGGACGAAUCUGAUUUGUCUCUUGCCAUUCAGUCAAGCAAAGUUCUACAAAUUAAAAUUUUCGUAAUAAACAAACCUGAAAUAUCCCAAUGGACUGAUGCGUUUAAAAACAAGAAAAGUGAAGCUAUGCUUUCUGAAUCAGGGGAUCAAACCUCAUUAAUUUUUGAACUUCAACGGCUUGGUAAUCAUAUGCUUAAUUUAGCCGAUCGGCUUGAGAAGACUUUAUCUUCUAAUGGUAAUUGUUCUGGGUUGGGUUCUGUCGGUGUAAUUGCUGCCGACUAUAACCGCCUUGAAAAAUUAGGCAAAACUGAUUCAACACACAAUUUGGAGCGUAACAAUGAAUUCGAUCCACUGUCUAAUAUUCGACUUAGGAAUGUUGCUGCAUCAUCUUCUAACCAACCGACACACCUGCUACAGUCGGCUUCCAGUACUGAUGAUAUCUCGAAAGCGAAACCUCAUGAAAAUCCUACGGUUUCACAACCAAGCAUGCCAUUAAAUAAUGAGAACCUAACAAUAUCUGAAAAAUCUGACAAUCAUGAUUCUGUGGAACUUCAAACACCGUCAACAAAUAAGUGUGACAUGAUCCCUGGUCAGUCAUCUGCAACAUUCAUGCAUUCUAAUGUGUCGGCAAGUUCAUCAUUAUUGCCAAACAGCAAUUCUCCUGUUCCCACUUCAUUACCACCUCAGAGUCAACCAAUUUCAUCAUCUAAUCCGUCUAGUACUCCAGCCUUUUAUCAACAGUCUCUGGGAUAUCCAAGCUAUUCUACAAACCAAUCUGCAAUGCAACCCCCGAUACCGUUAUCAUCGCAGAAUUCACUACAUCCACAACCCCCAAUUCAAAACAGUGAACCUCCUAGGUUGCCAAUGAUGCCGACAUCAACAAUGGCAAUGCCUAUCACACAGCCUUCAAGGCCUCCAAGUUCCACAAAAUUACCACCUAACAUGGGUCCCUAUAUUCGUCAAGGUGGACACUUUCCGAGCACCAACAGACCUGGUAGUAUGGUCGUUGCUCCCCCACAUCCAUCGUCCAACAUCUUCACACCAGUAGUCCCACCGUAUGAUCCGUCCGUUGGCUUGGGACUACCUCAACGAUCAGUUAUGCAACAACCACCUAAUUCUUCAAGUGCUGUGUCACAGGGUCAACAACAGCCUACAUCAAUGAUUUCACAUCAGGGUAUGCCGUAUCCACCGAUUUAUCCCCCGUCAGUCGGCCCUCCCAACCAAAGUAUGAGUUCUACAACCACUCGGCCAUCUGGACCCACCAAUCAAAGCCAACUUGUAUCUGGUCCUUAUAAUCCUCAACAACCUGGCAGCACUCAUAUGCCACCACCACCACCGAGCGCUAUUCAGUCAAAACCAGGUUCUGCCCCCAGUGAAGCUCAAAAUUACUAUACACCAUCUUCAAACCAAUCAUAUGCUAAUUACUGAUAUCCGCUUUUUGCUGUAUAGUGUUAACUACUUCCAGCUUGUCGCUACCGCGUAUUAUCUGGAAUAUCAGCAGUGAUAUAAUUAUUACAAUGUGGGGACUUAUUUGCAAUUUUCUCAUUACCGACUAAUUUGAUUUGACAGUUAUUUUGAAUGAGGAAGAUUUUUCACUCAUUAUGAACUUCCUUUUUGCUUUGGAUGAUUUAAAUAAUACUUUGUCUUGAUUUGGUUACCUGUGUAUUUCGGUUAGUGCUAUAUACAGAACCUUGAACUUGAAUUUUUUGCUUCUAACUUCUAUACAGUAUUUGUAGCAGGUUACUAAAAAUUUUUUCAGAGCAUCUUCAGUAAAUCGUGG